AUGACUAUAUUUUGUCAGCAUCAAGACACUCUGAAGGCAUUAUGCAGAGGUAUCAGCGAGGCUUGCCGCGAAUGCACAAGCAAUCAGACAUAUUGCUCACAUAUUGUACCUUUGUGUAUACGACGAUGUCGUGGAGGAAGUUCAGAUAUGUUUAUUGUAUUGCAAAGUCUUCUUUCAAACCACAGUAGCAAUAUUAAAUUGUUUCACGAGAACAAUGGAAUGAAAAUAUUUACGAGAGAAUCUUUGCAACAUCCAUUUUGCCUGCAACUACUAAACACUAUUGUUGAAAAUACGACAAAUGAAAAUCAUCACGUCAUACUGUCGGAAUCGUCUCAUAUAUUCGAGCAUCUGCGGUACUUUUUACAUAGAUACGGAGCAUCCAAUUUGCUAGGUCAAUGGGUCUCUAUAAUUCUGUUUUCAUAUCAAAAAGUCUUAAGUAGAUAUGACAGGGAGAAAAAUAUUGGUAUUGAAGGAACUAUAAGGAAGUGCAAAGAAAAUGAUUCUUAUUCUCUAAGAUAUAGAACGUCAGAUAAUAAAAAAUUACAAAAUAAAACUAUUGGUGGAAAAUUUAUCGAUAUCAUCAAUGGAUCUUGUACGACACUCGUUAAAAGUUUUACUUCCUUUAAGAAUAUAUUUAGACAUAAAGAACCUUCUACUAGCAAAGAUGUAUCGACAAGUACAUCAGUUGUUUCAACAUUUGAAUGUAACAGCUUUACAAAUUAUAUGCGUGAAAGAGAUGCAAAUUCUAGACAUUUUGAUAAAAAAGGAAACGUAGCAUACUUGAAAAGAGAAUUCGGCGUUGAAGAUUAUAAUUUCAGUUCUUGCAAUACGUGCGACGAUACGAUCGCCUUAAAACAAAAACUAACGAACGAUGCAACUCUACAACAAACAGUUAAGAGAUUGAAGUUUGGUAUAAACUUGUACGGAUGCGAUUUUAAGAAAAUAUCAAGAACUAUGUGGCCGAACGAACACUACAUGACACCAAGUGUGUUAUAUAAUUUAUAUCGGAAACUCAUAAUGAAAUAAAUCAAUUAAUCCCAACUAUUCAUAUAAUGAUUAUUUAUUACGAAUACACUGUGAAAGCAC